AUGCAAGUACAUCAAUCAUCAAGCCGCCUACUCAGUCAAAGCCACAAGGAAGUGAUUCACAACUUCAGAAGAGACUUAAGUGAGAUUGGAGUUGAGUUACCUACUAUGGAGAGCAUGAGUGAGGCCUUUGAGCAACUGAAGUUGAUUCAAGAUGUUCUGGCUCACAAGGAAAAGGUUUCUGAGCUUAUGGAGAUGUCUACUCACCAAAUCAACCUGCUUACAUCACCUACUUUCUUACCAAAGGUGAAGGAUCAAGGGAAAUUCACUCUCCCUUGCACAUUUGGGCAUAUUGAGCUUGACAAUGCCUUGGUGGAUUCUGGUGCAAGCAUCAACCUCAUCUCACUCACAAUGGCAGAAAAGAUUGGUAUUGCGGGAGCAUUGCAGCGCCCUACUACUUCAAUCAUGUUUGGAGAUGCCACUUCCAAGUCUCCUCUUGGUGUGUUCAAAAACUCUCACUUGAAAAUAGGAGAAUGCAUCAUCCAAACUGAUCUUACUGUCAUGGAGAUGGAAGAAGAGAAGGAUCUACCUCUGCUAUUGGGAACCCCAUUCCUUAGCAUAGUUGGCGCUUCAAUAGACUUUCACAAACAAGAAGUGAUUCUUCACAAGGUGAAUAGUUUGGUGUCCUAUCGCUUGCAACCUAGACGUUCAGACUUUUGUGCCACAAUUGAAAGCAAUGCUCUCAGACCUACUCUCAGUUACAAGCCUCCUGAAGUUACAAAGGUUGUGGGAGAGAAAAGAAAGCACCCAUCAGCUCAGGUUUCGUCAACCAAGCCAUCUCAGCUCACUAUGACCUUGUUCCCCACCAAAUUUGAAAAUGGGAAGAUUGAGUACAAGAUAAGGUACAAGGGGAGAUCAAGACCAUUCUCUAGAGCCAAGGCCUUGGUCACUUCAGAGCAGUCCAGGGAUCCAACCAAUCUAAAAGAGCUUCUGUCUCAAGUCCUCACUAUCACCCUUGAUUGUGGGACUAGCUCAACCAAUGCCUAA